GAUUUUGAGACUGGUUAGUCAUGUGUGAAGAGUAUGAUGUGAAACGCAGAAUUAUCGAUGAAAGAAAUAUGGUUCCUUUUGUUCGUACUGUUGAGAACUUCGUAAUGGCAACCGACUUUCGGAUCACUUCUUUUUAAGUUCUAUAUGUUGAUUUGGUAACUUUAUCGAAGACUGAAUCCACUUUUUGGUUCACAAGAUGGAGAAUGGCGAAAUGUUUAGUGGUCAGACAUUUUUGCAUCACGUCUUCGAACAUGAUAUGUCAAGGCGUCUCGAUGAUAGCCAUUCUUCGACUGCGAUAAGAAAAACAUCGUGUUUGCGCUUCUGUGGUGAUGUUCACCCAAAUAAUGUGUCAAAUAAGUGUUUUCUAUCCAUUGUACUUUGUUGAAAUUUGAAAACUUAUCCCUAUAUUUCGCUAAACUGUUACCAUUAAUGAAUCGGCUUUCGUCCAUCAAUACAUGUAUAAAGUAUGGCUGUGUUGCUCCGUUCUCGUUGGCGAAGAAUGUAGUGGUUCAUAAGCAAGGUGUAUGAUAGGUGAUAAGUGUAAGUUGUUUUGACGCUGGUGUUUUUUUAAGAGUAACACCAACCGGUCUUAGUAAUCUCAUUCGUUUGAUCGUUUCAUAGUUAUUGAGAAGGCUGUGGGCGCAAUAGUUAAUACACGGAAAUCAACUUUUCAUCCACAUUAUUAUUCAUGUUGUCUUCGUUGUAUCGUGAAUAGUGUGUAAUGUGUGCUGUAUUUGUACUGUGAAAAUAGUGAAGUUUCAAAAAUGCAGCCCUCCAGAAGUAUACCAAGUAACAUGAGUGAGAUAUGUAGGUUGUGUUUGUCAAGUGAGGGUAGCAUUCUGCCAAUAUUUGGUGAAGAGGAGGCGGAAGAGCCGCAUAUCCCCCUGUCCUUCAGGAUUCUGGCGUGCGUUUCUGUCGAGGUUACACACAGUGAUGGACUGCCUUCUCUGAUAUGCCAGCAAUGUUUGAAGCAAGUAGAUUCAUGGACAGAGUUCAAGCAACAGUGUGAUGCUUCUCAGGCAACUCUGAAGGAAUGGCAGCGUGCUGCGGAAGCUGCAGCUGCACUGGAUUCCUCUACCAAUGGUACCCCAGACCGUGUUGUAACUUCUGUUUCCGAUGUCACAGAUCUUGGCAGCCAACCAUCCCCUGCUGCUAACAAGAUCUCAUCACGAAGGAGACACUUCAUUGCUGUGGAUCAAGUCAAGGAAACUACAAUAAAGCAGGAGCCCCCGGAUGAUUAUGGGAAUGAUGAUGAUGAUAUUUUGGAAGACGAGGAAGAAGAGGAGGAAGAGGAUGAUGAUAGCAUGACUGAACUCGUUGAUGAUGCUGAGAGUGUUUCUUCCUGUGAAGAUGAUAGAAGAAUGUAUUCACAUGUGCCUGUGGAAAUAAAACAGGAAGAGAUAGAAGUCUCUGAUGGAAGUGAUAAUGAAUAUUCACAUAAUUCUCAAGUUGCUGGAAGUUCCACUCAGGUUGACUCAGGAUUGAGCAAAAAUGUAGUAAAGACUGAACGAGAAGGUUCAGGAACUGAAGCUGGCAACCAUCACGGUCAGUCGCAGCGGCUAACACGUCGUCCACGGAGACUCUUCCUUGCUCGUAAAAAACGUUUUGGGCUAAGUUCGGGUGGAUCGAAAAUAUUCCCUUGUCAUGUCUGCAAUAAAGGUUUUGGGAGAAAAUCACACGCAAUUCGCCAUGAAAUGUCACACAGCCAUAUGAUUCAACUUUCUCAGACAACUUCUGGAAAUUCCUGUUUGAUGUGCAACAAGACUUUCUCAAAUCGUUCAAAUUUGGACCGCCACCUGCGUUUACACAGAGGCCAUCAGUUGCAAACUGCCCUUGAGCUUGGAAAUACAAGGCAGAAUGGACCAUCCUGGCAAAAUUCAGAACCAAACACUGGACAAGCAGCAGAAAGUGGCUCAGCAGAGCCAGAAGCUGAUUAUUAUUGUUACUUGUGUGGCAAAACCUUCCUUUCACAGUAUCGCCUAAAGAUGCAUAUGGGCCAGCAUUCAAACUACAAAUGCCCAAAAUGUGGCAAAUGCUUCAAGGGUGGCACUGCCCUUUCCAACCAUCUACGCAUUCAUAACAUAAGGGGCUUUGUGAAGCACACAUGCCGAUUUUGCAUGAGAUCAUUUGCCUCAUUAGCGGCAAUGAUGAGUCACCGUAAGACACACUACCGAGCAGGUGCAGCUUCAGUGCAUACCUCCAGUGCACAACCACCACCAGUACCACCGGCACCUCCAGCUCAUGCAACAUCGGCACCCACACCAGUGCCAGCGCAGUUGUCAGUUUCACAGCAGUCAUCAACACCUAUGACAGAGACAGAUUCAUCUCGUGGCAAUGCUGUAUUGUGCCGCCUUUGCAAUAAGUGGUUUAACAGUUUCUCAAUGCUUGAGCAGCACUUAGUAACACAUUCGACAAAUAAGCCGUAUUCAUGUUCAGUGUGUGGACUUCUGUUGGGAUACGCCUCAUCAGUAUACAAACACAUGCGUAAGAUGCAUGGUGUUACUGUUGACUAUCAUACAAUUCGCCAGCAACUUCUUGGUACUGUCCCACCAGCAGGACCUCCUGCCCCACGGAUCAAUCCGCCUUUCUGUGGGCCAGCUGUGCAGAGCCGACCAGAACAGCCCGUUCCACAACCAACGACAUUUCCAUGCACAUUUUGUUCUCGGACGUUUACUCAUAAAUCAUUUUUAGCAGCGCACAUCCGAGCAACUCAUACAGGAACAAAUGGUACUCACCAGUGCCAGCUCUGUGGACAUGCUUUUGCUCAUCGCUACCUGCUACUUCGUCACAUAAAGACUCACGGUGGCUUCACGUGCCUUGUUUGCAUGAAGCAGUUUUCUGAUCUGAGAACACUAAACAAUCACAAAGGAGUACAUAAGCGAUUCAAACUGCUUCAGUGCCCAUUGUGUAGCCAAAGUUUCAAUGGUGUACAACGGUUGGAGGCCCAUAAAGCACAGGCUCACCCUCUUGCAAAUGCAGGAUCAAUAGGAAUAUCAUACCUGUUUCAUUGUGACACUUGUGGUGAACGUUUUGCAACACGAUCAGAGCUUGCCCAACACAGAGAGAGCCAUAUUAGCCUCAAGUUGUACACUUGUCAAGUUUGCAAGAACUCAUAUAACAGCUCCUCAGCACUCAGCAAACAUAAACGCAAACAUGGACAUUAUGAAUCAUCCGAAAAUGUAGGAGAUAUGCCAGAUAAUAAGCCAUUUGUGUGCUCUGAAUGUGGAAAAGUGUUCACUGAUGCAGAAACUUACACACGCCACCAGGCUGUGCACAGACGGAGGAGCACUCCCACACCUUUAAUUGGUGGUUCAACUCCUUCAACAGCAAAUUCUCCAGCAGAGAGCAGUCACUGUACACUAUGCAACCGCACAUUCCGUGAUCAUCUUAGUCUCAUUCGACAUAAGGGCUGGCAUACUCGUCGACCGAAUCAGAUUCCUGUUGCCAUGAACCACGAUGUUUCAGAAGAAACGACAUCAGCAGCAGUACUUGCAGAUGCAAGCUCACCAAACAGCCGCCUCUAUCCAUGUGACUACUGCAACAAAUCCUACAGCAAUGCAGGCUCAUUGUCCAAACAUAGACGAACGAACUGUCCCCGUCUACAUGUCAGUAAUGUUGAACAGACAGACAUGGAACCAGAAACAUUGGACCAAGAGGAUGACGAUGAGGACAUAAAGCCUGUGUUACAACCUCUUGUAGUGCUUCAAGAAGAGGGGGAUGAUGGGACGCCUGUCGCAACCAGCAAUGGCCCAGUUACCAUUCCAACUGCAACUACUAGUUUUGAGAGACAUCCAUGUGCUCUGUGCCCAAAAGUAUUCCGUACACCCAAAGCACUUGUAGUGCAUCGUGGCUGGCACGCUCGGUCGCCUAGGCCGUCUCCACCUCAGCUGCCUUUUGCUGACAGCUCAUCUCGCCCAAAGGAUGACGGAGAUGGACGCUCCUACACAUUAAUGGAUGCCAGUGAAACAAUGGAUGAAAACAGACUCUACAGGUGCAAUGCAUGCUGGAGAACAUUUAGUAAUACAUCAGCAUUCAGGAGGCACAAAUGUCUUGCUCAAGAUGAUCUAAUGAUUCAUAGAAGCACACCAAGCACUCAAAGUACUCCUCAAGGUGGUGGUGUCAGUUGCCCAAUUUGUGACCGAAAAUGUUCAAAGGAAAAAUAUCUCCUACAGCAUAUGAAAAUCCAUACCACUCCAAAUACUCCUGGGGACAGUACAGCAGCAAAUGGCAUGGUAAGCACUUCAACAACAAAUGCUCAAAACUUCCAAAUGAAAGGAAGUGAUCCUGGAACGAUUACCAUGAAAGAUGAUGAUGUAGAUGUCACUACAGUUGAUGAUGAUGAUGACGACAAUGAUGAUGAUGGUGAUGAAGAAGGCCCCAAUGUUACUACAUCAGGGGAUGGUCCUGGCAUCACUUGCCAGAUCUGCCAACGACAGUUCAAGAAGGAAAAAUACCUCAUUCAGCAUGUGCGAAUCCACACAGGUGAAAAGCCAUUUUCGUGUUCUGAAUGUGGCCGCUGCUUCUCUCGUCAGUCAGUCUUGUGGAAACACAAGAAGUCACACAAAGGUCCAUACAAAUGUCCAUCAUGUCCUCAAAAUUUUUUUCAGCCUGAACUAUUGCAGAAACAUUUAGUUGAGGAUCAUGGACAAGUUAAUGGCAUUGAUGCUGUUGAACAGUUGCAGACUGUUACAGAGAAUGGCAUUGUCUGUACAGAAACAUCUGCUGGGGAAUCUGAGUUUGAAACUGAUUGAAAUGUUUUUUCUAACUGUGCCUACUAAUUACUCUUUUCGUUUGCUUUUGUUAUGAUUAUUGUAGAAUUUUUGUAAUUGAAAGGAUGUUGAGUCUAAAAGUAAAUGUGCACGAGGGCUGUAUAACUCCCAUUCUUGACUGAGUGCAGUUGCAGCAAGUGGAUGGUAGGGUGGUAGAUUCACUGUGUGCUAAUGGCUGUACACAUUUUUGUGUGAGUUUGUGUUAUCAGAACUGCUUUGGUGCAGACUCUUCAAAUCCUUCUAAAUAUUUGCAAAAAAACGUACAGUUAAGAUAUUUGUGUAGUUAGAAGUACUGUAGGCCAUGUGGUGAUUGUACUCCACUCUCACAAGGGAAGAUUGUUAUUGAGAAGCAUGAGACAAGACGCCCCAUCUGAUACGAAAGUCACUAUUCUGUGAAAGGUCUGCUGGCUUUGGUUGAAAAUGGAGCAUUGUGUCUUGUUUGGCUGAGCCAUGAAUUAUUUUCCCCUCUUCAUUUAAAACUUAGGGUAAGCCAAAACUGUACUCAGUUUUGUUUUAUUUUUUAGUGUGUUGUUUCUGCAAGAUUGCAGUAGUCAUUGUGCUAGAAAAUAAAGAGAAGAAAGCAAUGUGUUAACUGUAUUCGUACUCAUUACAGAAUUGAUAAGAUUUUUUUAGAAUGCUUUUGAUCUACUAUAUGUAAUAUUACUAUAUAAACAUUUUGUACACAUGUGUGCAUUAUACAAUAUUGGAAUUGGUAUCUCUGGUUUUACAGAGACACUUUGUUCACUUAAUUGGCAAGUUUUACUUAGUGUUAAUUGGUAGUGACUUUUAUGCAAGGUGUGACGAUAUUCAGAAAAGAAAUACGUGAAUGCAGGCUUGUGUUUAGAGCUAUUUCUGUAAUAAUUAUGAAAUGUCUCUAAACAAAGUUUGUUGUAACAUAUGAUAAAAAAUUUCUGAAUUUUCUUUUUUUUUUCUUAGAAUAAGGAGUCUGCAUUUGACAGGAUUGUAGUAAAUAACUUCUCCUGUGAAAAGUUAGUUUGUGUGUGUGUGUGUGUGUGUGUGUGUGUGUGUGUGUGUGUGUGUGUGUGUGUGUAGGCGCACGCGUGUGUGCGUGCACGUCAGUUUGUGUGUAGGCAGGCGUGUGUGCGUUGUGUGUUCUAGUAUCAUUUACUUACAGACCAGACGACAAAUUAGCACAGUCUUAAAAUUAAGUGUGUGAGAUCAAAGUGUUACACAGAGCCUCAUGUUUCUUUGAAGUUAUGUACAUUAAUGCAGUAUCAGUGUGUAAUGAAAUUACGUGGUCUGGCCAGUAGAUAUUUGUGAUGUGUUUUUUGUUGUACAAAAUCUUCACCCUGCAUCAAAAUUAUGCUUAAUUAUACUUGCCUAUCUCACGAAAUCUUUAACUUGUAUUGCAGUGUGAAGUGUUGUUAUUAUGAAUGACAUUUCAGUGCAAGAACUAUUGUUUUAAAAUAUUCAUCAGAUCAUAUUUAUACAGUUUGCCUGAUUAUGAAAUAAAAAGGAAUACUUCAUUAGAAACUUACCAUCUCCAUAACACACAUUGUAUUUUGUGCUGCCAUUUGAGAGGACAAGGUCAGCUGAAAGUUCACUGUUACUUCCAAAAUCUUCAAAAAUUUAAAAAAAAAGUCAAUGCAUUCUUUCAAAACAUUGUGUUCUUCAAUAAUUAUGUUGUUCUGUUGAAUUUGCUUAAUUUUGCAAAAGAGUUGGACGUGGAAACGAAGUAAUAGUGUUGCUAUAUGGUGGUUACUCUGUUCUUUAAUAUAUUGUGUACUGGUACACGAGGGGGGAGGGAGGGGGGGAACCUCAGGUACUCAAGUGCUGAGUUAUGACUCUGUUACCCACCGACUUCAUGUUGUGUGGGGUGAUGCAGAGGGACACCAACAUUGUAAGAUAAAUCCAUAACUCCUUUGUGAAAAUUGUUAGUGAACAUUAAAUCAAAUUUUUCCUUCCUUCUGUUGUGAAGGAGCUUAGUAGACUUGUAGAGUUUUAAUUUGAUUUCUCCUGCUUUGCUGUUGUUGAUAGUCUUGUAACAGUGCCCAGCGUUACUUAAUACAUAGUUUUGCAUAUCUGGAGAGAUGUGCUUGGCCUUACCAGUAUUACACAGCUUCAGAAGAGUUUCAUGUGUUCUUUCGUGUAACUGAUUCCAGUUUGUGUGAGUUCUUUAAAUGCAGCAUCAUGUGUGACACUUUUGAACAUUUCAGCAUUCUUUGUUCGUUACAAUUAAACGUAACCAAAACAAAAAUGGAGACAUCUGCAUGUAGGUAUUUACGAGUAUUCAGUUACAGAAAAUAUUGAGCUGUGGUUAAAUUUUAGAACUGGUAAGUUACAUCAGAAUUACGAUCAGCGUUAUUCAUUUGUUAAUCUGCUGGAAUUGAACUGGAAUGAUUUGGUUUUAAUUUAUAUCUGUGUUGCUGAAUAUUUUAUCAGUACUGUGGAAUCACAAUCCACUGUUGAAAGACUUUAAAUUUUUCUCUUACAUUUUACUGCUGUGCUGUUACUUUUUAAGUCAUUGCAUCUGAUUUAUUUGAUCUUCAGGGAUAAUUGUAGCUCCAGGUAGACUUUGUUAGCAAUUUCUCACUUGAAGAUUUUUGUUAACUGUAUGCUAAAUUCACCUUAUUAUUGUUUCAUUUGUGUAUUGUAGAAACAUGUGUUACAUGUAGAAGUGUUAUUUUUCCACUGACUAACUUACUAGUUAGCAUCAGCAUGAGAAUCGAAAAACAUGCACAGUACAGUAAAAUUUAUGGGAAACAUUAUAUUCCAAUGAAAUUAAAUGUACAGUUAUUUAUCUGCACUCUUUCGGCAGAAACCAUUAUUUUGAUGGUAUGUGCACAAGAAAUCUACUCUUUUAAUUUCACUUAUUGCUUUGUUCUGCACAUUGUGGUUGUUUUGUUCUCUUACUCUUGUAAAUGCAGAGUUUGUAACUGCACUCAAUUGAGCAAUACAUACUGCAGAUGUAACCAGGAAAUUUAUUCAGUAAAAGCAAUGUUUGUAAACCAAAA